AUGGCCAAGAAGAAAGUCGUUGCUCCGGACAAUCAGCCUUCCGUGUUUUCUUUCUUCAAGAAGAAGCCAAGUGUGAAUUCAGCUGAACCUAAGAAGGAGCAGAAACUACCUACCCCUUCAUCUUCUCCUCAAAAGGCCGACCUGUCUUCAGGAACAUCAGACAAGGAGAAUCACCCCACAACACCGACCAAAAAUGAGCAUAAAACGCAAUUACCAUCCGCUUCUUCCAGCGUAGUGAGAGCAAACAAACUGGAGGAUGAUGAGGAAGAAGGUGUUGUUUCUGGUAGAAAAAGACGCAGAGUUGCUAUAGAUUCCGAAGAUGAAGAAGAUGCCUUUGAUGAAGAAGAGAGCGUCGAUAAUGACGACGAUGAAGAUUAUAAUGAAGAUGAUUUGCAUAACAUUUCUGAUGAAGAUUUUGUAAUUUCAACUCAGGAGAUGAUGCAAUUAGAAAAAGAACUUGAAGGAGAAGAGGAGCCUAACAAUAGUGAAGGAGAAGAGGAAGAAGAGGUCCACCAGGUCAAACCAUUGAAGAAAUCCAAACAAUCUACGUCUCAAAAGUUAAACCAAUUUGGGUGGACGCCUUCCUCUUCGUCUCAGAAUGAUGCCAAGGGCAAGACCGCUAAUAGCCAGGUCAAGAGAUCCAACUUGAUCAAUCCGUUGAAACCAAAAGCGUCUAAGAAACUAGACGAAGAGCGAUAUCACUGGUUAGAGGAUGUGCGUGAUGCUGAAGGUAGGGCUCAAGGCGACCCUGAGUAUGACCCAAGAACUUUAUUCAUCCCAAGCUCUGCUUGGAGCUCUUUUACUCCUUUUGAAAAGCAGUACUGGGAGAUAAAGUCCAAGAUGUAUGACUGUGUCGUCUUCUUUAAGAAAGGUAAAUUCUACGAGCUUUAUGAAAACGAUGCCGAUAUUGCUCAUAAUGAAUUUGAUCUUAAACUUGCAGGCGGUGGAAGAGCCAACAUGAGAUUGGCUGGAGUUCCCGAAAUGAGUUUUGACUACUGGGCCAAUGCUUUCAUUAAUGCUGGAUAUAAGGUGGCAAAAGUGGACCAAAAAGAAUCUAUGCUUGCAAAGGAAAUCAGAGAGAAAGGCAAGACCAUCACCAAAGAAGAGAAAGUUAUCAAACGAGAAUUGCAAUGUGUGCUGACUGGUGGAACGUUAACGGAUGAGUCUAUGUUAACAGACGAAAUGGCAACAUAUUGUCUAAGUCUUAAAGAAGUAGACAAUGGUCUCGACGGACGAACUUUUGGUGUGUGCUUUGUUGACACUGCUACUGGCAAGAUGAGGCUGACAGAAUUUGAAGAUAGUGUUGAAUGUACAAGAUUGGAAACGCUUUUAGCUCAAGUUAGGCCUAAAGAAGUGUUGGUGGCAAAGAAUCAGAUAUCCCCCUUAACUGCAAGAAUUUUACGGUUUAAUUCUCCUUCCUCUUGCAUCUGGAAUAAGCUUAAACCAGACACAGAGUUUUUGAACCACGAAGUCACUUUUGAGGAGCUUACAAGGGGCAAAUAUUUUGAAGCGUCAGAUUUGGACGAUUUGUCGAACUAUCCCCCACUCUUAGUGGAGUAUCACGAGAAACAUCACGUUGCAUUCAGUGCUUUCGGUGCUCUACUAUGGUAUCUGAAGUCUUUGAAGCUAGACGAGUCCAUCAUUUCAAUGGGUAACAUCUCACCUUAUGACCCUUACCAGCAUGCAACAUCAAUGACUAUGGAUGGUGUCACUUUACAGAACCUUGAGAUCUUUGCAAACACGUUUGAUGGUUCUAACAAAGGUACUUUAUUCAAAGUGCUAAACCGAGCAACAACCCCAUUUGGUAAGAGACUGUUUAAGGAUUGGGUCGUUCAUCCGUUGCUGUUAAAAAAGUCUAUCGAUGAAAGACUUGAUUCAGUGGAGCUUCUUCUCAACGAUGGAGAACUUAAACAUAUAUUCAUUAACACUCUUUCCAGACUUCCAGAUUUGGAAAGACUACUAUCUAGGAUCCAUUCUGGAAGUUUGAAGAUUCAAGAUUUUACCAAGGUUAUUGAAGGAUUUGAACGUAUCUCCAAAUUGGUACGUACUUUAAGGUCUUCUUUUGGUGAAAACUUUGAGUCCAUUGGAGGAUCUCUUGGAAAGAUUCUUUCGCAGCUACCUCAAGAGUUAGAGAUUCAAGUUUCCAAAUGGGCAACUUCUUUUGAUAGGGUUGCAGCUACAUCUCAGGGUUUAUUGAUUCCCGAACCAGGAGUGGAGGAAGAAUUUGAUCAGAGUAAAUUGAAAAUUGAGAACCUAAAGGAUAAGUUGAAUCAAUUUUUGAGACAGUAUAGAAGAGAGCUCAAAUGCCAGGAAAUGGAGUUUAGAGACAGCGGAAAAGAGAUCUACUUGAUUGAAGUCCCGAAGAAAGUCAUAUCCAAGGUUCCCAAAGAUUGGCAACAGAUGGGAUCCACUUCUAAAGUUACCAGAUAUUGGUCUCCAGAAGUCAAGCUUGUAGUACGAGAGCUUAUGGAGGCUACAGAAUUGCACAAAAUUUUGAUGGACACAUUACAACUGAAAGUUUAUCGCAAAUUUGACGAAAACUACUCAUUGUGGUCAGAAACCAUACGUUGCAUUGGAUCCAUUGAUUGUUUGAUCUCAUUAGCCAACGCUUCCGAAUCACUUGGAUCCCCGAGUUGUCGCCCGGAAAUUGUAGACAAAGAUGAGGCCUUUAUCGAUUUUGAAGAACUAAGACAUCCAUGUUUUAUCCCUGGUGGAGCUUCUGGCUCCAGGGAUUUCAUCCCUAAUGAUGUCAAGCUAGGAAACGGGUUUGCAAACAUUGCUUUACUAACUGGAGCUAAUGCUGCAGGUAAGUCCACAGUUCUCAGAAUGACUUGCAUUGCAACCAUUAUGGCUCAAAUUGGAUGUUUUGUCCCCGCUUCCAAAGCUACUUUAGUACCGGUUGAUAAAAUUAUGACAAGACUUGGUGCAAAUGACAACAUUAUGCAGGGAAAAUCCACUUUUUACGUUGAACUAUCGGAAACAAAGAGAAUCUUGCAGAAUGCUACUCCACGUUCAUUACUGGUGCUGGAUGAACUUGGAAGGGGAGGCUCUUCUUCAGAUGGAUUUGCCAUUGCUGAGGCAUGUCUACAUCAUAUUGCAACGCACAUACAAUCUAUCGGUUUCUUUGCGACUCAUUACGGAACCCUGGGAGCUUCGUUUAUCGGUCAUCCUCAAGUCAUGCCACUAAGGAUGGCGAUCUUGGUCGAUGAGUCUAGCAAAACUAUUACCUUCCUUUACAAGCUAGAAAAAGGUGCCUCCAAUGGAUCAUUUGGUAUGCAUGUUGCGACGAUGUGUGGAAUACCAAAAGAGAUUGUUGAUAACGUCGAGAUUGCAGCCAAGAACCUCAAGCAUAACUCCAUGAUAACACAGGUAUCCAAGGCUGGCGUCUCACUAGGAUUACAAAGUGAUAUUUCCUGGCUCACCGCAGGCAAGGACAUUGGAGCUGGGAUCACAAAAUACGAUGAAAAAAUCAGGAAGAAGGGACUAGAGUAUAUCCUACAAAUGAUCGAAGGAAUCAAAUGA